GAGAGGACCGGACACUAUUCCAAGAGCACCGCUGAGCUCCGCAGUGCUGUCUGUCGUGAGGAACAGACAACGUUUUAGCAAAUAUUUCACAGUGAACCCAGUGCAAAGGUCUUCUCUUGAAGAGUGGUGAGUCUAAUAUCUACGUUAACAGGGAGAUGGCGCUGCGAGCCUGUGGCUUCAUAGUGUUUCGUCGUCUCGCCAGUUGUGUCCCUCCAGACAACAUCGAGUACCUCCUCUUGCAGACCUCUUAUGGGCAGCACCACUGGACCCCACCCAAAGGUCAUGUGGAUCCGGGCGAGGACGACCUUACCACAGCCCUGAGGGAGACCAAGGAGGAGGCGGGGCUUGGAAAGGAGCAGCUGAAGGUUGUUGACGGAUUUUUGCAGGAGCUGCGCUACGAAGUGCGAGGCAAACCCAAAGAGGUGCUGUACUGGCUGGCCGAGCUGAGAGACACAGGAACAGCUGUGACUCUGUCUCACGAGCACCAGGACUACCGCUGGGCCCGGCUGGAGGAGGCCUGCACUCUGGCCCAGUACAAAGACCUGCAGGACACUCUGAGAGCAGCAAGCACACACCUGCAGAACAAAAAGCAAUGAACCCAAAUGUACACGCUGCAGAAGGGAUGGUUAAAGAAGGGGAAGCGUCUGCUGGUGUGAGGGACCUCAGACUUUGGUUUAUCAGAGCACUAAUGUAACGGUGUCUCUACUGUAUAAGGUAAAGCUGAGUAUAUUCUCUUUUUUAUAAGACAAAGGUUAAAUUGAAGAAAAUAUACAACAAUACAUGAUUCUAAAAUAAAUUGGCUUCCCUAGUUUUGAAUACAUAAAUGUGAACAAGUAAAUAAACCAUAACAUAAAGCAAGGAGACAGUUACUCACUGGAUACAAAUACAAUGUAAGCAGUAGAUGCUGCCACAGGGUGGCGACAAAACAAGCAAUAUCUUUGAUGUACAUUGGUCACCAGAUUACAAAACCCUGCAAGCUCUAGAAACACACCCCAGAUGUGCAAUGAGCUCAGAAACAGUCUCAGUCCUUUUUUCAGCUCUCAGUAUCCAAAUAAAAGCGAGAGAUACAUCAAUCACCUUUCCAAAGGAGUUUCUGUCAAGACAUUUUAGAGAGGCCAUUAUUAUGCAAUGACUCUGGGAGAUCAUGCAUCUCAAACAAUGGAUAUUAGGUUAACCAUUAUUUAGGGUUAUAUAUUGAACUAUUUAUUAUAUAGCUCUUUUACAAAUAUAUUUUAUAAAGCCAUUUGCAAACAUGCAGCAUUACCACAUCAUAAAUUAGAUUGUGGGAUUUGAACUAGGUGCUGUUUGCCACUCAUGAUAAAAUGAUGAAGAUUGAUAGUACUACAGGCAGGAGGAACAUAUCUAUCUUUGAUUUUGAGGUUAACUGUCCCUUUAAGCUAAUCCUUAAAACAAAACCAAGUUUUUAGGACAAACAAUAAUGUUAUAAAAACAACAGGCAGCAUUGACACAUAAAUCUCAUUUUACGAUGGCACGAUUGAGCAGAGGUUUUAUGUACGGUCACUGUGGACAUGUUAUUAAUCCAGGCAGAAUCUGUAGAUUCAAAGUAUUUUUUAAUCCAAUCUGACCCCCUCAUGUUGUUCAACAACCUAAAAGUAAUUUGAAAAUUAGAUGAUGGAAUAUAGUCAUAAAGAGCGGGAAGAACCAAAAAUACAUUUAAUCAACACUGCUUUUUCUCUCACUAGGGAAGAGUGAAAUUAAAGACAGGCUUUUAUACUUGACCCUGGUCACUGUGACAGUCACAUUGUACUACAAACAGGAACAUUCUGCUCUCAAUGCCACACACAGGAUUAAUGGCCCCUGUCGAAGGGAUGAAAUUAAAGUAAUUAAAGAAA